GGCAACUCUGGGUGGCAGAGGGUCGGGGUCGUGGCUGUUCAAUGUGGCGGUGCACAUGAUAACCCCGCGGUGUUCCUGCUGGAAUACGAUGGUUGGGUGUAAGAAAUCUAUGCGACAAGGCGAGUGGAUUGUGGAGUGGUUGACGGAGCUGAGGAACACCCCUUGAGGCCCUCACUCAAUGGACGGCACACUCACUCACUGCACCGACAACACUCUACUGCUCCUUAGUUGAAAUGUCUCAAAAACAAAUUACUCGUCUAUUCUCUAAUCACCGAAAAUCACUAAAUAGUCAUUGAAAACAAAUCACAAAAUCUAUUCACUCCAACCAUAAUGAGUUAUAAACUAAAUAGUGAUAUAAUAGUGACUGUUUGAGUACUUGGCCUUUGUGCGUCUCUCUUGGAUGGCUGAACUCCCUAAUAGUAAAAGUCUCCCGUCAAAAUGAGCAUCCGUGAGAAGACAAGAAACAACAAGUUGGAAUAUUUUCUCAAGAAGAACCUUCACCCCAGCGUCUACAACAACAUAAGGGUGUACGAGGCAGUGAUCCUGCGGACGGGAAAUUCACUGUCGUACAAGCAGUUGGUGGUGACGGGGGAGGACCUGUACGUGACGGAGACGCCACCACGCUCCGUCACUCACCUCCUUAACGCCGCCCAGAUCACUGACGUCAUACUUGUACACGACCUGCCAGAGUUCCUGCAUGGAGGUGUUCGGGACCAGACAACCCACAUUUUAGUGCGGUACCGACUUGCCCGUCGCUCCUCUCUCGUCAGGCCCCCUAAUCAAGGUCCAGCCAGCUGCCCACAACCCAGUACCUCGUCCAUUGAUGAAGAGAAUGAGGAUCAAGAGCAUGAAUAUGAUGGUCCCAGUUCCUACACAAGCGCUGCCCGCGCCCUGGCCGAGGCUGCCCACGAAGCCGCCAGUGUGUGCAGUGACCCUCUGCCAUCCCCCAGGCUGACCAUGGGUUCACUCUCUAUCACAAGUACUGACAGUUUACCCUUGAUUCGAAGCAGGAGUAAUGGAGCUAUGUCGGCCAGCACUUGCUCCUCCCACCUAACAUUACCAACCAAUAACAAACUCCUGUCUUCUUUAAACGGUGCCAAAUCGCCAGUCAGGUCUCGGUCUCCAGAUGCUGAUAGUACAUUUGAUGAUCGCUCCCAUACACCCACUAUAGCUGAUCUUCUCAGUCGGGGUGGGCAGAUUGUGCGCUCCUUGACCCCGGAUAUGUUGCCUCGCUCAAAGAUGCCCCGUUCACUUAGUGCCCUCGAGACCUACCACAGAUCCUCUCCUCUAGGCUUGGACAUCCCCACCAGGAGCAAGAGUGUCCUAGACAAACCAUCAACUGGGCAUCCACCAAGACGAAGUCAGAGUCUCAACUUAGCAGACGUUACAGACAGUAAAGAGGAUGAGAAUGAAGUCCACCUGUACACUCUUUCCACUUCUACCCUGCUCUUUCACCUCCUCCACUCACUGUGGGUCUCCUCCUCCCUGAUACAAACCCAAAAGCCGAGGAGGCUACGUCCUGUGUUCCAGGAAGUUUCUCGUGAACAUUCGUUGGACCAUGCCUUUGGUCAGCUGCGAUCAGAACUUUUAGCAGCUUCAUCUCUGGAAGUUCAGUUUUCCAUCCUGCAAGAAUUACAGCAUGGAGCGACAAAGUACACCACCAUCAGGAGACUUGUCUGGAGGGAUCCUGGCAUUAUCAAUAUUAUGUACAACUUCAUAAAGAAGUACAUGAAACUUUCAAGUAAUAGUCAGAGAUCAAGAAAUGUUGAGGAAGAACUACAGUUGCGACAAGAUGAAUUGGAGGUAUUGACACUGACACUGGAGACCCUUGCCACAUGUCUUAGAGGAACUCAGCGAUGUCCCUUCAAAAUGAGGGUACUGAAACACAACAAAUGUGAAUGUUUACGCAACCUGAUAGCUGAGGCAAUGCAGACCCCGGAAAUUCCUGCCAUCUACAAGCUAACCUGUGGACACUGGUUGACUGACUUUAGGGAGUUGUCUUCGCGGGCCUGGUUAAAUCUCCCUGAAAAAGAGCUUCUAAAACUAGUACAAGAGGUGACACACAUGAGUACAAGUGCUCUCUAUGAACUGCUGGGAUCUGUCAGCGAGUUCUCCUGGGUGUGUGGGGCCCAGCCUCAUAACGAUGAUGUCAUGCCCAGCAUAACUACUCUGCUUCAGCAUGUACCAGUAGAGGGGUGGCUGUCACACAGUGUACCACAGCUGCUGGUACUUCUGCAACCAGAGCGUGGUUGUGAACCCAGUGAUGCUGUACUUAUCCAUCAGUACUGCAGUGUUUUGGCCACACUCCUCCACCACAGUCCACGAGCACUUCAAUUUUGUUCUACAAAUUAUGCAGAAGAAUUACGGUACUACGUUCAUGAGUCGGUGAUAAAUUGCCUUGUUGGUGAAACCUGUCCAAUCCGACCUCACACGCUGAAAUUGGUGCGGAUGAUAGCUCAGUUGGUUACAUCCAAAAAUUCUCUUCGAGCCAGAUGAAGACAAGACAGCCAAAUUUUCAAAGGAGAGGCAACUGAAUUGAGGAGGUGUGCCUUCCACUCCUAAUACAACUCUUUUAAGAUAUGACGCACUUCCCUCCUACUUAUCGGUCUCCCUCACUCUACUUCCAUUUCACUUUGAUUCUCCUUCCUUCUCAUCCAUUUAGCUGUCCAGGCCUUCUCAGUACUCCUGCCUUGACUUUGUCACAAUUAUUGAAAUCCAUAUUAUUGUCUUUCAUCAUGAUGUCAUUCUCAUUCCUGUUUUCACUAUCACCACUUCCCAAACCAUUCCAUGCAUUUUUCUAAUUAUAAUCCUUAUUCCCUUGUCCCUGCUCUACAGUCCAUAUAUAAGAAAUUAAUUUGUAUGGCUUAGGUCAGCAUACUGUUGUACACAAUACACCAGGAUGCAUUGAAAUGAAUGGAUACUAUGAAAAAUAUAUAUACUAUAUACAGGCAUCCCCGCGUUACGGAAGGGUUCCGUCCCUGGAAAAUUGACAUUAUCGCGAAAUUCUGUAACGCGAAACCUAUUUUCCCAUUGACUUCCAUUAUAAAACUGGAGAUGCGUUCCUAAGGAAUUUUUUCGGCCCCCAAAAAGUAAUUCAGGCACUUUUAUGAAUGCAAAUAAACAUUUAUAAACACAUACAAUACUGUACAGUACAUUAAAUAAUUUAUGAUAUACCUUCUUAAAACAUCAAGUUUAAUAUCAAAUGUAAUGCCUUUGCGGCUUCUUUUUGCACUACUGCAGUCACUUCUACUUGGCCUCUUUCCAGUCAUCUUGAAUAAGGGUAAUGCACUGUACUGUACUUACUGUAUGUUUGUAAAAGUUAAAUCCAACUACUGAGGCGAGAAACAUGCGCGCACACUGGAUGUAAACAAUGGACUGACUCUUCGUGGCGAUGCCAUGCUUGGCGGUAACAAACACCACGAAAACCACACCAAACAAAUUAUCACUUAACAAAAAAUUAUAAUUUUAUAGUGAUUUUUUUUUAAUUGUUAAAAUUUACCCCAAUUUCAGUAAGGGUGGAUUUA